AAUGGCGCCCUUGAGUUUACAUUCUGUAUUUUGUGGAUGUGUUUGGAAUUGAAAUAUUAUAAAUAAAUUACUGAAAACAGAUCUAAAUAAGCAGUAAAUACAUCGUUCUAGAAAUUAUUUAACAUUAUGCACAUGAUUGUGAUAUAUUUGUAAUUUGAUCUAAAUGAAAUGAAGUCUAAGGUUAUGCAUGUAAACAAAUAAAUAAUUAUCAGAUAUUUUGGAAAUAUAUCAGCUUGUUUCCAUUUCUUUUGCUAUAGUUAUUUUUUCCACAUUAUGUGAAACUUUCAGUAAAUAAAUAUUAUUUUACACUGUGCCUCUUAUGUAAAUAUCAAUACUUAUAAACUCUGCUGGGAGGAAAUUUUACUGUUACUAUGUUUCAAGAUCACUAUCAAAAUUUUAUUUUGGGUUAUACUCUACAGCUCAACUUUGGUACGGAUAAUUUAAUUUCCCAUUUAAUGGAAGUAAAAAUGCUUGUUUAUCUAAUAAAAUCAUACCAAUUGUGAAGAAAAAUGCAAAACCAGAAUCUUUGGACUGAUUCCUACUCUGUCACAGGUUACUCUGGGAAAUGUUGGAAUACCAAUAACAAUCCUGACAGUCAUGAAAUAGACGAUUCCUUCAUUAUAAGUUCAACAUCUCAGCCUGCUGAUUGCAAUAAUGAAAUUUUUACAUAUUGUAACUCAGAUGACAUUUCUACUAAUUCCAUUCAAAAUAUGGCAUCAGUCACAGAUUCAUCAAUAAUUCCAUGCAGCAGUACUGACACAGAAACUGUAGAAAAGAAAUAUGGGGGAAUAUUUUCUAAUAAUUCAUGUUUUAUUGAGUCAGAGCAUUCUUCUGUGUUAAGUAGUAAAUAUUCUGAGGAAACUGAUGUAAAUCAAAUAAAUGGACAGGCUGAAGCAGCUCCAUCUUUUGAACUUCCCACUGAACCAAAUGAGGUAGUCUCUUCCUUGUCUUUAGUACAAAGAAGUGGCAAGAGACGCAAUUCUUUACCCCCAGAUUAUCCAAAUUAUAAAAAAAAGUUAAGUAUUGAUUGUGAAGCACAAUCAUUAUGUGGUGUGGAGACUUUGGCUGGAAGUGAUUCUAACAGUUUUUUUGAUAUGAAUAGUCAAAAUGAUAAUGAAGAAAGCUCAUGGUCAAAUUGUUAUGCUCCCUACCGUAAGCAUCCCACUUCUGUUGCAUCGUCUGAACGAGGUGCUGAAUCAUUAAUUGAUAAACUUUUUAGUGAAGAACAGAAAAGGCGAUAUGAAGCAUUAAGAAAGAAAUCAUCCAAAAGAAUGGAUAGUAAAAGAAAAAAAGAAAAAGAUGUAGAUUUUGGUUCUGUAUACAAAUCUUUUGUGGAAGUCAUAACUCAUUCAUCUCAAAAUCUUUCUGAAAUUACUGAUAUGGAUGUAUCACCUCAAAAAGAAAAAGAAGAUAGCAUAAUGAGUAAUACUGAUACAAAAAUGCAUGAAAGUACUGGUGAUGAUUGUACAAUCCAUGGAGUGUCAAUUGAUAUUGAUUCAAAAGAUUCUCAGCAAAUUAUACUUGCUGCUAAUUCUAUUCCUGAUGAAACUAAUGCGUCAUUUGAUAUUGAUUCAAAGGAUUCUCACCAAAUGAUGCUUACUGUUAAUUCUGUAUCUGAAGAAACUAAUACUGAUUCAAUAUUAGAGUCUGAUCAAAAUUCUGUUGAUGCAGUCUCUUAUCAACAGGAUACAGUUCAUAUGGAUUAUGAUGUCACUGAUGAUGGACAGACUUCAGACAAUUUGUUAGUCCAGAUUUCUUCCAGUGACGAUUGUGCAAAUCAUAAAGUGUAUGCUGAUGUUGAUGUUAAUUCCAAAGAUUCCCAUAAAGUUAUGUCUACUCCUGAUUUCAUGGCAGAAGAUUUUGAUCCUGAUUUAAUAUCGAAGUCUAAUAAUCUAUCAGUUAAUGUAGUGUCUAAUCAACAAGAUACAAUACAUAUGAAUUGUGAUGUUGAUGAUGGACAUACAUCUGAAAAUGUAUUGGUCUUGAAUUCUGGUGAUGAUCUUGUUCAUGAAGUUUCUGCCAAUACUGAUGAUGAUUCAAAAGAUUCUCAGCAAGUUAUAUUUAAUGUAGAUACCAUGCCUGAAAAAAACAAUGCUGAAAUUAAAUCUGAGUCUGAAUAUCUUACAGCUAAUACUGAUUCUGUUCGACAGGAUGUCAUAUCAGUAAAUUAUAAUUCUAAUGGACUAAAUUCUGAAACUAUUUUUUCCCCUGCUGUUUUACCUGAUAAAAUAUCAGUUGAUACUGGUGAUAAUUUUCACCAAGCUGUAUUUAUUACAGAUUCUGUGCCAAAAACUGCUGAUAUGAUUUCAGAAUCUGAUUGUCUCUUGCGAGAUGCUGAAUCAAAUGAACAGAAUGUAUUAGUUGAUCAUCAUGCUGAUGAGCAUACUUCUGAAAAUAAUCUAGUCUCUGAUGUUUCUUCUGAUGUAAUAGCAUCUAAUAUUAAUAAUAAUUCAAAAGAUCCUCAAAAUGUUACCUUUGUUGCAGAUUCCUACCUUAAUGAAACAAAUGCUGAUGUUAUAUCAGAAUCUGAUCAUAUAACUGUGCAUGCUAACUCUAAUCAGCAAAUUGUUAUGACUCUGGAUUGUGUUACUAAUGAGCUUACUUCAGAAAAUGUCUUAGUCCCUGUUUCUUCUUCUGAUACUUGUGAUAAUUCAGACUCUCAACAAGUUAUAUUUAUUACAGACACCAUACCAAAAGUAACUGAUGCUGAAAUAAUAUUAGAAUCUGAUUGUCUUACAUCUCAAACCAACUCUAAUGAACAGCAGAUAUUUGCUAUAAAUGAUGAUGUUGAUCAAAUUGCAUCAGAUGAAAUGUUAGUUUAUGUCCAGUGUUCAGAUGGUUACAGGCUUUGUAAACUGUCAACUAAUCUGGAUAUUAAUUCCGAGAAUUCUCAACAAAUUACUUUUAUUACUAAUUCUGCACACAAUGAGACUGAUAAUGGUUUAAUAUCAGAUUCUAAUUGUUAUAUAAUCAAUGCUGAAUCUAAUCAACAAGACACUAUUCCUAUCAGUUAUACUGAUGGUGCCAUUUCUGAAAGGGAUUUAGUUCCUGUUUCGGAAGUUUUAUUUAAAACUGUUCCUUUGGCAGAUCAAAAUAUUGAUUUGAAAACAGAAAUGAGCGAGACCCAACUUUAUGACCCUGUAGUCGAUAAAGGAGAUGCUAACAAUUCUGCUGGAAAUUUGACUAAUGAUGAAAUAUCUGAUAGCUUGGAUAAGAUUUUCACUCAAACAACUGAAUCUGAUGUGUUGUAUAGCAUACCAGAGGAACAGAGAGAAGUUCCCUUUGAUUUUGAUGGUGAAAAAUUAAUUUCACUUGAUACAAAUAUUUCAACUGAAGCAUCACUAGAUACUUACACUGCGAUUUCUGAAACUUCUGAGGAAACUAUAAUGCAUGAACAGUUAGUAAAAGCAACAGCUGAAACUGGUCCGAAUUCAGAAGGCAAAGAAAAUAUAUCAUCUGCUGAAUAUUACUUAGAAAAUAAAAAUAGCACCCAUAUUAAUCAGGAAGAUAUGAUGCUUGUUGAUGAGAAACAAAAUUCUUUAAAUAUAUCUGUUGAAAACCCUAAUAUAAAUAAACAAAUUAAAAAGAGAGAAAAUUCAAAUACUCAUAUUGAUCUGUGUUCUAUAAAUACAGAAAAAGUUUUUGAAAUUCGACCAGAUAAUUUAGAUAAUACUGAAAUGGAAAUAUGCAAUGAAGAAUCUAAAGUAUUUAAUAAUCCAGAUGGGGAUUCUGAAAGCCAUCAAUCUAUGUUCUAUAAAGAUAUGAAAGUUGUGUAUGAAAAUCUAUGUGAACAGAAUAAAAAAUCCGAAAUUUCUAGCAUUGAUGUUAUAACAAGUGAAAAUAACAAAAAUGAUGAAAUUAAUCAAUUUUUAGUACAUUGUAAUUCCACUAAUGAAAUUUUUCAUGAUACUCUUGGAAAAACAUCAGAUACUUCAUCAAAAGAACUUCAUAUGAAUGUGUUAUCUUCAAUCAGUAUGACUGAAUCAUCAAAUAUACUUUUUGAUACAGAAAUAAAAAGUAAAGCUUUUUCAAAUGAACAAUUAGAUGAGUGUGGCAAAAACUCUAAAGUAGAAACAUCUGACUUCAUAUAUCAAGAUAAUUAUCUCAACAGGAAAUCUAGUCUUGAAUCACAAAAUUCUUCAUACAAAUGUAGAACUUCUAAAGCUCGUAAAAGUACUUCAAAAUCGUCUGCUUUAAAAACAUCAACAAAUGAGGUUUUAAAAGUUAUUGAAAAUAAUAUUGCAAAUGAAGUUUUUAAUUUAAUGGAAUCAAAAGAAAAUUUGCCCAGUUGCAACAGUUCAUUUGUUCCAGAAGAACAAGUUGCCCCUAAUAUUUCUACUUUGUCUUAUAUUUUAUCAGAUUCUGAAGCUGAAAAUGUUCCAUUAACUGAUAAUGGUGUUAACUUUGUUCCUGAUUUGGAAAUGAAAUCGCUUCAAAAAUCUAAAUCUUUAUUUGAAACACAUUUUAAUGGAACUCAUAAAAAUGGAACAGCUAAGAAAAGUUUUUUAAAAAUCAGUGACAGGUCAUCUUCUGAUGAGAUGUCUAAUAACUGUGAUAUGCAAAAUUCUAUAGCUUCUUCAGAUAGUGAAUCAGAUUCUGUAUCUUCAAAAUGUAGAAAAACUGUUCAGUAUCUCAGUGAUCGUAAUAAUACUGAAAUCAGUAAUCCAACACGUUCUUUUUCAGCAGUUGAAAGCAUUUCAGUAUUGCGUGAUAACCUUGGAAAUGCAAAACAACGUACUGCUUUAAAAACAUUUAAAAAACCCUUCACUGUUGCAAAAAAAUCAGUCACUGAAAAGUCAUCUUUUAAGACAGUUUUCCAAUCUUAUUUUGGAAUAAGAACUGCAAAGAAAACUUAUAACAAAUCACCAAACAAAAAAUUACUUAAUACAAAUUUAGAUGAAUCAUCAUCUUCUGUUGAAGAAUUAUCAGCUGAUGAAGCCAAAAAUUCUACUGUGAUUUGGUCUCCCGUAAAGGAUCUUCAACUGAAAGUUUGUACCUGUUCCGCUGUUGAAGUACCUUGCCUGUGUAAUGGUGAACAACUACAGUUAAUAUGCGAGGCAGAAGAUACCAUUGAUGAAAAAGUUGUUCCAUGUACAAAAAGUGUUUCUCAACAGUAUUUGCUCACUCCAUCAUCAGAAAUCAAACAUAGGGCUUUCUGUGAUAUUCAUUUAUGGAGGUUAAGGAAACAUCAUUGUUGCCCAAAAUGUGGAAUAUUUUGCACACAAGGUUCAUUUUUUUGUUGUUCAUAUGACCAUCCUGCCAAAGGAGGAAAAGAGACUCAUUUUUUUCAUCCAAACUGCUUCCUUCUCCCAGAUACUGGUUUGCCACCAGGCUGUCCACAUUGCUGUACAUUUUCUGAUUUUAAAAAUGUUAAUUUUUCACUAAUCGAAGGAGUACCUGAAGAACCACUUACUCAAAGUCCAGACAAAUGCUCAGAAGAACUUAACAUAACUGAAGACCUAGAAAACUAUACUAUUCUGAUGAAAAUUCAAGAUGUAGAGUCAGAAACUGUUUCAAAAGUCUGUACUAUUCCUGCACCACCAACCCAAGAUCUUAAGACAAUGUUAAUGGCAAUAACUAAAGAACCUUCUUUACGAUUGAGGCCAACAGGAAAAUGCUUGUUUAAUCCUAUCAAAGUUGGAGAUAUAAAGAAAGUUAUACAAUUAAUUGCCAAUGGUGUUGAUCCUAAUCACAAGUUUAAUCAGCAUAAAAACAAUACCCCUCUUCAUAUAGCAGCAUUUUAUGGAUGCAUAGGAAUAGUUCAUAUUUUGAUUCAGUAUGGAGCAUCAAUUGAUGCUGUAAAUGAUGAUUUAGAAACACCUUUUAUCCUGGCUGUUGAAAAAGAUCAAAUGGCAGUUGUACGUUACCUUGUUCAUACUGGAACUGAAAUUGAUGUAAAAAAUGAAAAUGGUUUGACAGCUUUUCAUAUUGCUUGCAAAAAUAAUUCAAAAGAGCUGGCUAAAUUUCUGUAUAGUUCAGGGAAAUUUGACAUUAAUCUACAAGAUGAUGGUGGCUGGACUCCUUUGGUUUGGGCUUGUGAGCAUAAUUAUGGUGAUUUAGUUCAGUGGCUGUUAGAAAAUGGAGCUGACCCUAAUGUGCGUGAUAAUGAGCAAAAUACAGCUUUACACUGGGCAGCAUGUUCUGGAAACAGUGAAAUUUUAGAAAUGCUUUUAGAGAAUGGCUGCAACCUCAGUUUUGUAAACCAGAGAGGAGAUUCUGCCCUGCAUAUUGCUGCACGUAAAGAUAAUUGGGCUUGUGUAAAAUUACUAUUAGCAAGAAAUGCAUCUUUAGACUGUAUAAACAAAGAUGGUGAAACCCCUAUUACAUGUUGUGAUGAAGAUUCUAAGUCUUUAAGGAUUUUGAAACAUUCAUUAACCUCAUCAACCUCAGACUCUAAAUCUUUUCAACAGUAUGUGGUUUAUAGGGAUAUAUCUCGUGGUAGUGAAAAAUAUCCUAUUCAAGCAGUCAAUGAAGUAGAUCAAGAAGAAUUCAUCAUGGAUUUUCGUUAUAUUACUCAAAACUGUUAUGCUUCUAAUGUAACUGUUGUAUCUACUGUUGACAGCAUGCAGAAAUGUUAUUGCAAGGAUAAUUGUAGUUCUUCAGAUUGUACCUGCACUCGCAUUUCCAAAUGCUGGUAUGAUAUGAAUGGAUGUUUACUGCAUGAUUUUGAUAUGUAUGACCCACCAACACUUUAUGAAUGCCACAAAACCUGCCAUUGUCCCAAAACUUGCAUUAAUAGAGUUGUGCAGAAGGGUUUGAGAUAUCCUUUACAAUUGUUUCGAACUUUAAAUCGAGGAUGGGGAGUAAGGGCUUUAAAAGAUCUUGCUAGAGGAACUUUUGUUUGUGAAUAUGUUGGAGAAGUAAUUUCUGAUGACGAAAUUAAUCAGAGAACAGAUGACACAUAUUUAUUUGAUUUAGAUAGUAAAACUGGGGAUAAUUGCAUUGAUGGCCGGUUUUAUGGUAACAUUUCACGUUUUAUCAACCAUAGCUGUGAGCCUAAUUUAAUUUCUGUUCGAGUAUUUACUGACCACCAAGACAUAAAUUUUCCUCGAAUAGCUUUUUUCACAAAGACAGAUAUUAAAGCAUUUGAAGAAUUAUGCUUUGAUUAUGGAACUGAAUUUUGGGUAGCCAAAGCUCAAUCUAUUUUAUGUACCUGUGGUUCAAGCUUAUGUAAAUAUUCUAAAGAUACUAUUGAUGCCACUUUACAAGCUUACUUUAAUGAAAAGGAAGAACAAGCUCUUUCUACAAUGGAUGCACAAAUCUCAUGAGUACUUUGGGCAGUUUUGUAUUCUUUUGAUGCAUUAUAAAUCUUUUCAUUUUGUUUUAUUUUUGACAAGACAAACAAAUAACAAAUUUGCAAACAUUUGUAAAUGGCAUUAGAUUGUAUUGUAUAUGAUAUCUUUUUUACAGUGCAUUGGGGGAAAAAAGUGAUUUAUAAUGCAUCAGAUUAAUUUAAUUUCAUAAAAUGUUAUUCAUACUUUUCAUUGUAAUAUUAUAUAUUAAGCUUUCUCUUGUGAAAUAUAAAUUAAUGCAUGUAUGAUUUAGGAGAAAUGCAGUUCUUUAUUAAAAUUAACCAUUUGUAUAUUCUUCAAUUAGAAAAAAAAUUAGUAUUUAAUUACUUUUUGUCUUAUUAUCUGCUUGUCUUUUUGCAAUCUAGAAGAUAUGUUAUAACUUCAUAUUUAUGUUAAUAUUUUAUCCUAUUUCAAUGAACAAUUAUAUUUAACUUUUAUGCAUUUUUUUAAUAUUUGGAAUAAAUUUCAAUAUUUAAAAUAGAGUAUAGGCAUACUGUUAAGUUAAAUAAUGUUUAAAUUCGUAAAUCAGAAAAACUCUUUUAAACUCAAAAUUCUCCUCCCCUUUAAUAAUAAAAGCAAAUUUAAGUAGUACAUUGGAUGUUUUGUUUUUUUUUAAUUGAUAAUAGUUUAUGUGUUUGUCACAAAUAUAUAUAUGUGUGUAUUGAUUGAUUUACAAACCAAUUAUUUUAUAAAAUAGCAAAAUAUGACAGGAGAGAUAUUUAUGUUUAAUCUCCACAUUUUUGAAAAAAUGUUAGAGAAAUUAAAAAAAAAAAAUACUAAUAUUAACAAUUUCCUUCAAACUUGUAUUUGUUCUGUAGGAGACUUUUUUUUUUUAGCGUUUGUUUAGUCACACAUUUUAAUGAUAAAAUGUGCAGUAUUAUGCUCUUGAAGAUUCAGUUUUGUAUUAAUAUUGAUAAUGCUUUCAUUUAGUUUUACUCCAUGGCAUAUUAUGUAUAAUUUAGGGAAAAAAAAUUAACAAGCAAUGAUUUAUUUCCCCAUUCAUAACAAAAACAUAAUCAAACCACCAAUGAAGAUUUAUUUCUAAAUAACUUUGGAAAUAAUCUGGCUGAAAUUUUAAUUUUUCCCUGUUAAUAAAAAAAAAGUGAAAUUUAUUUGGGUUUGUCUUUAAACACCUGAAAGAAAUAAAAAAUUCCGCUUCAUACUUGUUUUCUCUUUGUUAUUCUAAUUGCAAGAUAAGUUAAGCAGUAUAAAAUUGAAAAAGAAAGAUACUGCAAUUAGUCUUAUGCAGUAUUUUCCAUGAAAAUAGUGACUGUGUUUUCUCUAUUAAUGAAUCCAAAUGUUGAGUUGCAUUGAUUGAUUUUUAAAAAAAUACUUAAGAAUCAGAAGAUUUAAAUAUUUAUCACUAAUAAUUCUUUUGUUUCCCCCCCCUUGCAUGUUAGAAAAGUAAAAACUAAAGUACAAUAUGAUUUUGUAUAUAUUUCUAUUUUUAAAAAAAUUGUGUCUCGCAGAAAUUAAGCAAGAUUAAAAUUUGUCUAUGCUGCAUAAUGGACAUCUGUUCCACAAUUUUCUAAAUUAUCAUUUCUUAAAAAUCUAUUUGCAUUGCAAUAACUCAUUUUUUAAUGUGAAAUAUUUAAUAUUUUGUGCCAUUAAUAGUAAAAUGUAUAUAAAUUAUACAUUGCUGCGUGUUAUUUUCAACGAAUGGGUCAUUUCAUACCUAUGUACAUAUUCAUGUUUUAUCUGCCACCAACACUGGUAUGUUCGUUUUUUGUAAUGUUUCAUACAGAAAAGCAUGAAUUUGUGUAUUAAGAUGAGAAUAUAAUUGCUGGCUGGAACAGAAUUGUAUUUCUCUUGUUAACAUUGAGUAUAGUAUGUAAUAUAUUGUAUAUUUUUUUAAAUAAAUAAAAAUGCUCUUAAGCAUGCUUAA